AUGGAAAAUCUACGAGCAAGACCUGUUCGAAUCAGAGCCCCCGGAAGACGAAAAUGGAUACUCCUAGAACUGCUCCUGGCGAUUAUUUGUAUUGUGGGAUUUGCUGUAUUAGCAGUAUUGAUAAUCAAACAUAUUCGACGAAUUCGUACCGAUAUGGAACCCAUCAGCAACGAUACGAUGAAUCAAACCAAAAACGCAACAUACGCAACCGAAUAUGUCAAUUACACAUUAUCUAACAGAACACAGCUCGAUCAAUCCGAAAACGCAACAUACACAACCGAAUAUGUCAAUUACACAUUAUCUAACAGAACACAGCUCGAUCAAUCCGAAAACGCAACAUACGCAAUCGAAUAUGUCAAUUACACAUUAUCUAACAGCAUACAGCUCGAUCAAUCAAUUGGUCGACCAUUAGGCAAUGCUUUCUACAGCAAUCAAAAUCUAUUGAUUAAGAUCUAUGGUUAUGUUCGUUAUGUAUAUGUACGUUUAUUUACUCCUUGGCAAGGUCAUGCACCAUUAUAUAUAUAUAUCAUCCAGAUCACUUUUCCUUCGACUAUUAAAUACCGUUAUCCUGUAGAACCACAACGAGGUACUACUGAAUGGCAGCUCAUCGACAUUUCUGCCAAUAUGAUACCUAUCAAUUGUUAUGAAUCAGUAGGUGUUGGUAUGGAAGAUAGCAGUGAUACAAAUCAAAUUUAUGGUUUGAAUAAGACAUACGGUUUUGGCACGAGAAAAGGAGUGAAAAAUAUCACUGAAAUAUUUUUGAUGCCUGAGUAUACCACAAGUGUUGCAAUUGGUUUUACUGUCGCUAGAAAUGGUACAUGAGCAAUUAUAUCCAUAAUAUGUAUCGCACUGUACGCUAAUUUAGCUAUAAUGUUAUCUAAAAAUUCGUCGACACUAAAUCAAACACAGGUGGAAAAUGGCACAACGAUUAAUAUAAGUUCCGCGCCAGUGGUGUUGCCAGCAAGCCCGAAUUAUCAAAUAAAAGAAUAUAUUAAUUUUAGUCUCCCGGAUAGCGUCGUGUAUGAAUCAACAUACGGCUAUCCACUCGGCAAUGCUGUCUACGUAAAUCUUGGUCAUUUUAACGGCGCUAAUGGAUCUGUUGUUUACUUGAAUCUUCGUCUUUUUACUCCGUGGCAAGGCAAAGCGCCGCUCUAUAUAUUUGCGAUAUUGAUAAACAAAAUGGACAUUAAAAGCAUCGUACAACGUUAUCCAGUCGAACCCCAGCGAAAUACAACAGACUGGCAAACUAUUCAGAUUCCUUUAUAUGCGCUUCAGAUACGUACUAAUACAUGUUUGGGUAUUGGCAUGCAAAAUCCUAGUGAUAGGAAUAAACUCUAUGUAAUUAAUACAUUGGGAACGUUAUUCUCAAAAAAUAUCACACAACAUGCGACCAACCUCGAGCUAAAAGCGGACAUGCGAACUGGCGUUGCCUUUAGUUUUACAGUCGCUCAAUACUAUUAG